GCCUUCAGAGGGGCCGCACGGUCAGGGUCAGUGUCCCUAUCUCCUGCCCCCCUUCUUCCCCCAGAGCAACCUUUAACCCUCCACCACCCAUGUGCGCCAGGUUACCUACCCCCACUGGUUUUCAGAUAGUCUGAGCCACUGGGUGGAUAGCUGCUAACUAUGGAGAAGAGAGACUCUGUGGCCUUGCAUUGGCGACUGCUUCUGCUGUUGCUACUACUGAUGCCGCCUCCCACCCACCAGGGACGGGCCCUGAGACACAUUGACCCUAUCCAGAGUGCCCAGGACCCUCCUGCUAAGUACCUCAGCAAUGGCCCAGGACAAGAGCCUGUCAUGGUUAUGACCAUUGACCUCACCAAAAUCAGCAAACCCCAUUCCUCCUUUGAGUUUCGAACCUGGGAUCCAGAGGGAGUGAUUUUUUAUGGGGACACCAACACUGAAGAUGACUGGUUCCUGCUGGGACUGCGAGCUGGCCAGCUUGAAAUCCAGCUACACAAUGCCUGGGCUCGGCUCACAGUAGGCUUUGGUCCUCGGCUGGACGAUGGGAGAUGGCACCCGGUGGAGCUGAAGAUGAACGGGGAUUCACUGCUGCUGUGGGUGGAUGGGAAGGAGAUGCUAUGCCUGAGACAAAUCUCUGCAUCCCUGGCUGACCACUCCCAGCGCAGCAUGAGGAUUGCACUAGGGGGGCUCCUCCUCCCUACUUCCAAACUUCGGUUUCCGCUCGUGCCUGCCCUGGACGGCUGUAUUCGGCGAGAUAUCUGGCUGGGCCACCAGGCCCAGCUCUCAGCCUCUCCCCGCACUAGCCUGGGAAACUGUGAUGUGGACCUGCAACCUGGACUGUUCUUCCCUCCAGGGACCCACGCAGAAUUCAGUCUCCAAGACAUUCCCCAGCCUCAUGCAGACCCCUGGACCUUUUCUCUGGAGCUAGGAUUUAAGCUGGUGGAUGGCUCAGGACAACUCCUUGCUCUUGGAACAGGAACAAAUUCUUCUUGGCUUAACAUUCACCUCCAAAACCAAAGCGUGGUUCUGUCUUCCGAGGCAGAACCUAAGGUAGUUUUACCCUUGGACGUGGGACUCCCUCUUCAGCUGACGCUGGAUAGAGUCAAAGUGGUCUUGAGCCAAGGACCAAAGAUGGAAGUCCUUUCUAUGUCUCUUUUGAGACCUGCCUCCCUCUGGAGACUCUGGUCCCACCCUCAGGGCCAUCUCUCCCUUGGGGCUUUACCAGGAGAGAGUUCUUCUGCUUCCUUCUGCCUGAGUGACUUUUGGGUACAAGGACAGAGACUGGACAUAGACCAGGCCCUGAGCAGAAGCCAGGACAUCUGGACUCACAGCUGCCCCCAGAGACCUAGCAACGAUACCCGCACCUCCCACUAGCCCCUUCUGAGAAGCAGACAAGGUGGUACACAUCUUUAAAGCCAGGAGAGGUGAAGUUGGGAGAAUCGGGACUUCAAGAUUAUCCUUGGCUACAUAACAUGUUUGAGACCAGCCCAGGCUACAUGAAACCCUGUCUUUAAAAAUAAAAAAAGAACUUUGGAUGCAACUGAUUUCAUUUAUUCAACAAAUAUUUGCUGUGCUCUGGUAGUGGACCAGACAGUGAGGCAAGCGGUGAGAUGUAUUGAAGAGCAAAACAGCCGUUCUUCCUUUGGAUGCUCAUGGAGCCACAGGAAAGGCGGGUUUGCUUCAAAGGGCAACAGAUAGAAGGAUAACUGGAAGAUGUAUGUGUGCGAAAGUGCACAGAGUCGACACGGCUACGACAUAGCCAGGAAGGCAAGAGAUUUUCCUGAGGAUGUGGCGUCUUAGGCUGAGCCCCAGAAGCAGAGAAGCAGGAACAACGGACACACACACACACACACACACACCACUACUUUCUGGAAGCUGAGCGCCUACCUACCCUCUUCUUCAACACCCACACUCUGAGACUCCAGCUUCCCAUCUCUCAAGUCGUAUAGAAAUUUGUUUCUCGCCGGGCAUGGUGGCGCACGCCUUUAAUACCAGCACUCGGGAGGCAGAGGCAGGCGGAUUUCUGAGUUCGAGGCCAGCCUGAUCUACAGAUGUUUUAUGUUGCCCAAGCUGGCUUCCUACUUUGUGCAGCUGAAGAUGACCUGUGAAUGCCUGAUGCUACUGCCUCCACCCUUUGAGCACCGGAACUACUAGUGCCACCAUGGCAAAUGUAAGCAUCUCCAGGACACAGUGCUUCCUAGGCAAACACUCUACCAACUGAAUUACAUUUCUAGGCGUCAGUAUGCUUUCUUUAUGUUUCUGCUUCUCCCCCCCACCACCCUAGGGGUUUUACUAUAUAGUUCUGGCUGGCCUGAGCUCACUAGAUAGAUCACCUCCGUGCCCCACUUUUAUCUAGGAUCAUGGGUAUGCUGAGAGAAGUGCUCUGACAUCGAGAUGCUAUCCCAGCCCCUAACUGGGAUAGCUAAAAGGAAAAACAAGUUCUGGUCCUGGUGGCACACACCUUUAAUCCC